AUACGUGUUGGCACCCUCGGCGUGUAAUGGUUGGCUCCGUUGCUAUGCUAGUGUGGACAUUCUCGAUGGUGAUGGAGAAGAUGCAGCUCGCUCUCUUGCCUGGGAAAAGCGAGAUUUUAACCACAUAAAACACAUCCCUGCCACACAGCGACGAUACCAAACCAUGGCCGGGAUUAGACGGGCAACCGGGAAAUACCCUGGCGUCAACCCCGCCGUCAGUUGCUGCCGUCUGCGUCAGGUUCAGUCUCUGCUCAGUGAGGGCGAUACUUCCACUUCUGAUGGCGUCCUGUGCUCUCUUGGAAUUGACAGCAGGUACAACGAAGGCUGCACAGAGCUGGCUAAGUACCUCUUCUAUGGCCUCUAUGGAAGAAGUCCCUUUACCAUGGAACAUUCCCUGGAGGGAUUCUCAGAGGACAUGCUGGAUGACGUCAUCCUUCUGAUCAAAGCGGAGUGUGUACACCUCUACUGCAACCCUGUCAACUUCAGCUACUUGCUGCCUUACGUGUCGCACUGGAGGAACCUGCACCUCUACUGCAUGACGGAGGUUGAGUACCAGGAAGAAGAGGCGGCAGAGGAAUUCAAGAUAUCCAGUUUUGUCACAAUGGUGCAAGACUGCCAUCGCAUCGGUGUGCCCUACAGCUCCCUGGGACACGUGCAAAAGUUUGACAUUUUCAUGGUGGAGAAGUGGCCCCUAAUCCAAGCCUUUGCUCUGGAGGGCAUCGGCGGAGGAAGCUUUUUCACCAUGAAGUACAAGUUGUCAGACAUGAGCGAGCAGCUGUGGCAGCUUUACAGCCGACUGGACUCCGUGUCUCUGGACCUUCUGCUGGCCCAGGAUUUGAGCAGCUUUGAGAGGCAGUGGAGCAGCUUUUUCUCCCGGAUGGAUCUGGAGAGUCACAUGUCCAUAUUGGAGCUGUCGGAGGCUCAGGCAGGAGAGCACUUUACUUUUCAGGCCUUCCGUAUGUAUUACUCCCACGGACUCAUCUCAAGCAACAUCUCAGACAAAAGUAAGGACCGGCAGCCAUUCGUGUUGUUUGGGGCACACUCGUCCUCAGAAGACAUGGACAGUUACUCCUUCAACUUCCCCUCUGAGAGUCAUCAAGUCCGCAACAUGGGACCUACAGGCGGGGCAGCGAGACACAUGAUAUUGCAAUGUGUUGCCCCAAGAGGAGCGUUAGCUUGCUGUCGGACCUAUUUCUUUGGAACCACGCACACCCCGUACCUUGGGAGUCAGCGCACAAAGCCCCAAAAAAUGGAAGUCUUGCUUUUGUCUCGCGUUUACUCAGCUGCGGUGCAAGCGGUUCUCGCAGGAGUCAAAUGCUUCUCCAGCACCUCCAGUGUCACAAAGGCUAAAGAUGUAGCGGAGCACACCUUACUGGCCACUUUGGACUCUUCAAAUUUAAGUGCAUACUGCAGUCUUCUCAGAUCCAGAUGUGAAUUUAACAUUCAGGCGGCCAAUAAGCAGGGAAGGCUCCUUCCUCUAACUGAUGCAGCGAGCCGCUUUGUCAUUAAAACAGCCUCCAUGACGGUCCGUGACAUCCCAGACCUGCAAGGCGAUGGGGGCAACCUGGGCUCCGUGGUCUUCUCUGAAGCUUUCCUUGAGUCCGUUAUCAGUAUUCAACACAAAGAUGGCGCCGUGUCCUCAGACAGUUGCUACACCGUCCUGACUGCCGCUGUGCCUCGCUAUGCCUGCUGGAUGAUGGAAGCUGAUGUCAAGCAGUCUGAGCGGACCCAACAACUCACAAAGAAUGAGGAAAACACUUGUCUGGGCAGCUCUUUAACCGUAGCGGACGUGGCCUACGUGUUGUCAAGCAGCCAUCUGUCAGCACCUGAAGAUGGUAAGGUCAGCUUCUUCUCCAGAGGACUGCUGUUUGUCCACUCUCAGUAUGGAAGCAUCACUCUCUCCCAGGAACACGUCGGCACCAUCAGGUUCUAUGACCCGGACCCCAGUGCGGUCUUGUCUCUCUUUGUGGACUACAAGAACAGCCUGCUGCCCCACUUGCCCUUCCCCCUCCACAGCUCUGACCAGUGCCUGGUCUUUGCCCUUCAGCCCAGGUCAAAGAGCUACAGGUGCUUCUACUCCAAGGUUUUGCCAGAGUGGCAAAGGACUGAAUCUGGACUUGCCGUGCACUCAGUGGACCAGGAUCAGUUGACGUGGAGCCACAAAAACAUGCACAGCAGGCUGCAGCAGCUCCAUGAUGACCAGGAGCCUCCAGUUGCCAAACGUAGAGGCACCCUCAAGACAUUACAAUCACAUCUGCCAGAGCAGGACUUGUUUCUGCAGCACUUUUCCCUGAGCAGCAUCGGUGACGAGCCAAUAUUGUCCGACCAUCUGGGGGCCCUCUUCCCUUCCGUAGAGCUGAGCAAAAACUCCAGUAGCCAGGGAGACACCAAGGUCAUCAUCACCAUUCUUAGCGGGGUGCCGCGGUGCCACAAGGAGACACUCUGCAACUUCCUGGUUCGGCUGAACAGAGAAUACGGAAGGUGGUUGGUGUAUCCGUCCGCUGCUGAUCCCUGUGACAUCUUCUCAGCCUCUCACCUGCAGGACUUUCUGUCUGACUUGGUAGAGAACCAAAAAAGGACGCAGGGAGGGAAGUGGCGCUUGUUGGUCCUCUCACCCGGAUAUGCAGAUGUUCUGGAUGUUGUUCGGGCUUUGCUUUUCCACCCGGACCCCGUUGUCCAGGCCUGUUUCACCAUCGGUGCUGUCGCUGCCUGUGUUGAUCCACUCGCCUCCUGCAUGGAGCACAGGUUUGCCUUCCCUAAACUGUUGGAGCAGUGCAGUCAAGGUAUCAUAAGCGUGGUUGUGUUCACCGGGCCUGCGGCAGAGCAGAAGCAUCCCCUGGUGCAGCAUGUUCAGCAGCUGGUACGCACCGCCAACCCCACGGCAGCCUUUGUCCUGGCAGCAAGGGGAGCUGUCACCAGGAGUGAAGAUGUCAAGCUAAUUUUGUCCGAGAGCAGCUUCAAUGGACCUCAAAUGCUGAGAGCACGUUAUGUCCUCUACCCAGGCUGGUGCACGGGGCGCUUCAAGUCUGGCUCUGGGUCUCUGGUCCUCGCCCAACAUCGUGUGACUUUCAGUCGGCCUCUGGAGAGGCCUCUUUUUGUUGAACGCUGCAAAGCUUUCAAGGCAUCGCUGAGGCUGAGCCCUUUUCGAGGGAAUGUCUACAAUCUUUCUGGAAAAGUCAGGUUUUCUGACUCUCAGCACAUGAUGGACGUGAGCUACAACACUGUGAGCGGCAACUUCAUUAUCAUCCCGGAGCAGGGCGUCGACCCCUUGAUCCAGAGUUGCGUUCAAAGGAGCGACGCCUCCUGUUUCUUGAUCUUUGAUGGGGUCGGCCUGGCUGAGAAAGGACUCAAGGACUGGCUCAGACUGUGCACCAAGCAGAAACAGACCAAGAAGCCUAAAAAGACAGAAGAAACUCUUUCACCGCAGGAAAUCAAGAACAUUCAUAUGAGCAGACAUUUGGACCCAUUACCACCAGGAUUCUUCUACAACGGCUAUCAAUAUGUGGGCAUCUUUGGAGAGAAAAGCAACUGCCAUCCCAACUUGAAUGAGUUCAUCAAGGAGUAUGUGGCCGAGGCCAACAAAGACAUCGAGCUGUACAACCGCCAGCUGGAGCUGCAGGUGCAACCGGACCUGUUUGAUCCUUGAAGGCGAGCCGCUUGUCAGUCCGCGCUAUCCAUCCGUCUUAAUUUAACGCCUUGGGGAGGGGAGGAGUCAAAGAGGGCACAGGGGUCACUGAACACUUCACUCCAAAUCCUUUCUUUCUGGUGCCUAAUGCAGGCACGCUUUGGAUAAGUUGUGACGUGUGUUUGCAGCAUGAAAGUAGACCAUUACUCCACCAGACCACCGAGCUUCACAACCUCGCACAAUCUAAGGGAAUUUCCAUUCCAAUUGCUGACAACUCUCCUGCAGCUUGCGCCUUUGUGUUUAUCGCACUUGGCAAGUUAAUGCCUCUAUUUCUGGCCCGGCAUGGAUAGCCGUGUGAUUACGGUGGGCUCCCCGGUGGGGUUUCUCAAGAAUUGUCGUCACCCAAUCCACAGAGCACCUGUCUGCUGGUCUGCGUGUUGCGCUCAGCCACCAAGAUGUAAACACAGCACAAUCUGUGUGGUGUUGAGGCAACAACGCUACACGCCAGCACCGUGCUUUAUUUUAAGACUUCCCGCCGCGGAUCUAAUGAAAGUGCAAUUAAGCAAACGUGCGUCCCCGCAGCGUCGCUUUAGAACAGCUGAGGCUGGUGUUAUGUGUCCACCAGAAUCUUCUCCUCUGUUACCAGGAAGAAAGCAGACUCUAGCGAUAGAUGCAAGCUAAGCCUCACUGCAUGUGACAACACUGGUUGUCUCCAUUUGUUUCACAUUCCUGUAUUUUAUCUAGACAGAGCAAAACUGGUUCUCUAUUCCUAUACACAGCAAUACAAACAGGAAGUAGGGUAAAGGUUAAAGGCCUAAACAUUUGGAGGGUCCUUGUUUUAAUCUAAAACAGGAUCAGAAUUGUAGAAAAACUUUUUUUUUUUGUUGAUGGAGCUGUCUAAUCACUGAGACGUUCUAUGUUGCUGCUAAAGCGUUAAACAGUUCACCUGAUUACAAAACAGCUGUGCUGUCACUGCAAAAACAUCAUUGAUUUAGGUAAACGCUUUUUAUUUACUUAAAAACAUUUUUUUUUAAAAUAUAACCCCUCGAGCAUUUUGGGGAAAACACCAUUUCAAACAUAGUGUUAUAGCACAAUGUGUGACAGAAGACAUCAAUUUAAAACGGACUGGACAGAAAUGCAGCACAUUUCAAUUUGGCUUUUGACCCCAGCUACCGAGUGUUUAAAAUAACGUGUUUUCGUCACAUACAAAGUACAGACUAAUGCUGCUUUCAGGACGACUGGGAAUGUCGGAAAUUUUCCACAAGCAAUUUAGAGGUCUAAACACAAAACAUAUUGGUCAAAUGUAAGCAACAAGCAUGGCUGACGGCCAGUAUAAACUAGCAUCUGUAAAAGUCAGCAAUCCUGACAAUAAAACUACCGGUAAUAUGUUUUCUGUAAUUUAAGUAAAACCAAAUAUUGGUUUUACUUAUAUAUAUAAUAUAUAUUUUUCAAGCCAAUACCGAUAACUUCCUGCUUCUCAAGACAGAUGCCGAUAACCGAUAACUUACUUAUAUGUGUGUAUAUAUAUAUAUAUAUAUAUAUUUUUAUUUUUUUUUUUAAAUGUAGAUUUAACUGUGGGGUUUGUGAACACCAAAGUAUGGAUGUAUACCGAGUACCGGCAUUUUUUGGUUCCGGUUCCUAAUUAGGUCAACAAUAUUUCCUCCCAAAAGUUCCUCAAAGUCAUGCACGCUGUAUCAGUUUGAAGUGAAUACACUUUACUCACGACGAGUCAUGACCGCGUUUUAUCAACCGUCCGCCUAGCGAUUCAUUAAUCCACAGACCUAUAUUAAUCCACUCGAAAAGUUGAGGUGUAAUGUAAUAAUCCAUAAAGUUGCUUCGAAGCAAGAUAGCAUCCGCUGUGACUGACAAGUCUCUGGUUUCCGUGUGUUUGCGUGUCAUUAAAACACAUCUUCCUGAAAUGUGUUUUAGUUCAUUCUGUCUCUUGACUACAAACUGGACGAUCGAGCAUUACACUUGCUCAGUGAGUGUUUUUAUUCAUAUAAUACACACACAUACAUCGUACAUACAUCAUACAUACAAAAAAAAACACUCCGGCUUUGGGUCCGUCAGUCAAAUAUGUCCGUUUGCAACAUAAACACAAAUAACAAUUCCUAUUGUUACAAUAUGCACACCAUCACACCUAAUUGAUUGUAUUGAUUUAAUAAUAUAUUUGAUAUAUCAUGUAAAAGGUCUGUUCUUUGCACAUUGUAGUGGAUUGUCCGAAGCUUAAGCAGGCAACAAAAGUAGUUUAGUACAACAAAUUUAUUUACCCAUUAUCAGAAGUGCAGGUUGAAUUGAGUUGGUCGUUGAUGUGUUGAAACGCGAAAUCUUCACUGAAUGUGCACAGAACAUUUGGUGCAAACAGCAGGCCAAAGUAUUCGUCUGAAACAGUGAAGACGUCCCAUAAGAUCGACGUCAUGUUUGUUUCCACUGUGAGCUCAGGAGAAGUUUAGGACAGGUUUACAGCAUGUCACGUAGGAGAAAAGGAGUGCUUAAUUUUCUCACCCUAACCCACCCAGAGCACAGUACGGGUAAUCUCGCCUUUUUGGAGCACUUUGUUUUGUAACUGUUUUAUCAGUGUGACAUCAGAAUUCCUCGUAUCGACCUGUUAAUUCCUUGUCCAACAUUUAUCGUGAACCCCUACAAAAAACCUAAUAUAGAGAUGAUAUAGUAAUGCAUCUAUACCAGGGGUGUUCAAACGUGAAAUUUGUAUUGUUUGUGUUAUAGUUUCUAAUACAUUUAUUUAUCAUUAUUAGGGCCAAUAAAAAACGAGCUAAGGGGCCAAAAAUGGCCCUCGGGUUGGACUUUGGACAUCCCUGAUGUAAACAACAGGUCAGUUUUAUUUGUGCUAAUUUCCAACAGAAGUUACCUAACGGCUUUAUGAACAUAUAGAAAGUCUAGAAGUACGAUCCUCAUACAUUCAAAAGAAACUCUGAAGAAGAAACCUUGAACAGAACCCAGGCACUAUGUGGCGGCCGUCAGAAAGAGAAAAGUCAGUACAGAACAAAGUUCUUUCUCAAUACUAUACCAAAAAGAUCGAUUUCUAACUACCCAGUUUGCUGGAAUGCAGCAUGAGCUCGGCAUUCAUGUUAGAGACCUCGCUGUCUGUCGGAAAGAAAACAAUGAACAUGACGUCUUCUAAGACAAACCAAACAGUCCAGUUGCGAUCGAUUGAACGCCCUGAGAAUGCAUUGACCUGGAUGAAUGAGAACAUCCAUAGACCAUGAAUAUUACAGUGUUUUCUCUUCAGGUCGACAGGCCAAAAGUGAUAAAAGCUAUUUCCCCCCGUGUGUGUCUCUGUGCAGAUUUAUAUAAUCCUCACUCUCAAGCCAUAUCAUCCAGCGCUAGAUAUGCCACUGUCUUUUCCAAUAACGGAAUGCUUAGAAUAGCAACAAAGUAAGCCUCUAAUGUGUUCCUCUUAGCCAGCCUAAAAGGGUCAACGGUCACUACUUCUAGUAACUUUUACAAGUGUAAUUGUACCUGAUGUGUGGACAUGCAUUGUUUCUACUGCAUUGCUCUCAUCAGCUCUUUAAGGACUAAGAAAAAGUGUGUUUUAUUGAGAAAAAAACUAAACAAUGCAUCUGUGCAUGGCUCUUUUAGAUUGACAGAUUAACAGUAGGAUUACGGUGGCAGGAUUAAAUGUAACUGAAAUCCUUUGUAUACCAAAAAUGCUAGAGAAAGCGAAGCCUGGUGGUCGCUCCAUACGCCCUCUACACCGUCCCCCUUUCCCUCCCGCCACAACAGUUGCUCUUCUCUCUGCAAGUUAGUUACGUAACACUGCAGAGAUUUAGAGCUCCACUGCAAAGUGGCUGUACGGGAUUUUCAGGAGCACAGAAUGCAUCUUCAAUUGGUGUCAAAGAGCAGUAGUCUGUGCAGCGCAGGCCUUAAUUGGCCAAAAUAAGUCUUUAAAGAGUGGAGAGUUCUGCAGGGUGUUUCUGAUAUUUCAAUGACUAUCACUUACACAUUUACUGUACGUGUAUGUAUAU